AUGAACAACUCGGGCGCCGACGAGAUAGGGAAGCUCUUCGUGGGCGGUCUUGACUGGAGCACCACCCAAGAGACUCUUCGCAGCUACUUCUCCCAGUAUGGAGAAGUUGUGGACUGUGUGAUCAUGAAAGAUAAGACAACCAACCAGUCUCGAGGCUUCGGGUUUGUCAAGUUUAAGGACCCAAACUGUGUGGGCACAGUGCUGGCCAGCAGACCACACACACUGGAUGGUCGAAAUAUCGACCCAAAGCCAUGUACACCUCGGGGAAUGCAGCCAGAGAGGACGCGGCCAAAAGAAGGCUGGCAGAAAGGACCCAGGAACGAUAACAGUAAAUCAAAUAAGAUAUUUGUUGGUGGAAUUCCUCACAAUUGUGGUGAGACAGAGCUCAGGGAAUACUUCAAGAAAUUCGGAGUGGUCACAGAAGUGGUCAUGAUCUACGACGCAGAAAAGCAGAGGCCUCGAGGUUUUGGAUUUAUUACUUUCGAGGACGAACAAUCAGUGGACCAGGCUGUCAACAUGCAUUUUCACGACAUCAUGGGCAAAAAAGUGGAGGUUAAACGGGCUGAACCUCGCGACAGUAAAAGUCAAGUGCCUGGACAGCCAGGGGCCAGCCAGUGGGGCAGCCGCGUCAUGCCCAGUGCCGCCAAUGGCUGGGCAGGCCAGCCCCCACCUACGUGGCAGCAAGGAUAUGGCCCACAAGGAAUGUGGGUGCCAGCAGGACAGGCAAUUGGUGGCUACGGACCGCCCCCUGCGGGAAGAGGAGCUCCCCCACCACCCCCACCAUUCACCUCUUACAUUGUGUCCACCCCUCCUGGAGGGUUCCCUCCUCCACAGGGCUUCCCACAGGGCUACGGAGCCCCCCCACAAUUCAGUUUUGGCUAUGGGCCUCCACCUCCACCGCCAGAUCAGUUUGCGCCACCAGGGGUCCCCCCUCCACCUGCCACUCCAGGGGCGGCACCUCUGGCCUUCCCGCCGCCUCCCUCUCAGGCUGCCCCGGAUAUGAGCAAGCCCCCAACGGCACAGCCAGACUUCCCCUACAGUCAGUAUGGUUAUGGACAGGACUUGGCCGGCUUUGGGCAGGGUUUCUCAGACCCCAGCCAGCAGCCCCCCUCCUAUGGGGGCCCCUCAGUGCCAGGCUCCGGGGGCCCCCCUGCUGGUGGAAGUGGCUUCGGACGAGGUCAGAACCACAAUGUUCAAGGAUUCCACCCCUACCGACGCUAG